AUGGCGAAUGGAAUCUUCAACUCCACAUACUACGGCAAGGACUACCGGGCCGGCGCUGCCCUCCUGCGUGCCCGCCGCCCAUACCUCUUCAAGAACGCUUUCACCGGCUUCGGUCUAGUUGUCUUCACAAUUGGCGUCUGUAUGUACCGCCGAUACUGCCCCUGUCUACUAUUGCACAGCUCCUGCGAGAACAAGUCCCAUACCGUCGCGCUGGUUGUCACCGAAUCAUUCCACCCACCACCUUGCGGACGGGACAGCACAGCAUAUUUCCCCGAAUCACCUACAUGA